AUGGCCUGGACUCCUCUCCUGCUCGUGCUCCUGUCUCACUGCACAGGGAGGGCCAGGCCCCGGGGACCAGGUUCCCUCUCCCAGCCUGUGCUGACUCAGCCGCCCUCCCUCUCUGCAUCUCUGGGAGCAUCAGCCAGACUCACCUGCACCCUGAGCAGUGGGUACAGUGUUGCCAGCUGUACUAUAUACUGGUACCGGCAGAAGCCAGGGAGCCCUCCCCGGUACCUCCUGUCCUACAACUCAGACUCCAUUAAGGACCAGGGCUCCGGGGUCCCCAGCUGCUUCUCUGGAUCCAAAGAGGCCUCGGUCAAUGCAGGGCUUCUACUCAACUCUGGGCUGCAGCCCGAGGACGAGGCUGAUUAUUACUGUGCAAUCUGGUACAACAGUGCUCCUCACAGUGACACAGCUUUGGCCUCUGCUGUCACUUGUGCUGUUGAAUCCCGAGACUCUCAUGCUUUCAUCCUGGUCCAUCUUUAUGGCGUCAGUGAAAAUGUCUCUGUUCCUUACUGGUCUCCCAGUGCAAACACAAUGACUCUGGGCCCAGAUGCGAACGAUCCCUCACAGCAGUGUCCUCACUGGAGGGUGACCUUCCUGCACCUGGGCCCCCAGGGGACACGAGGGCUCUCAGCUCUGAGUAACACGCUGGCCUCUUAUUUCCUCCUCCUCCGUCACGGGGUCAGUGCCCAGACCUGCCGUUCAGACCAGCCCCAGUGGAGAAGUGAGUGUGACCCCUGGUGCCUGGAGAAGGCCUGA